UAGAGCUUUUAUUUUGAAAAUACUUACCGGAAAUCGUGUCGCUGUGUUUGCUAGCGCGGAUAGCAAUGGACCAGGCUGCAGAAGGAGCGUGGAGGCCGCCCCGAGACUGUGAUGACUACUGGACUGAAUUUAAACACUGCAAAAGCUUGAUCAACUGUUUCCAUCACUACUACGCCUACGGUACCUCGCCAUCAUGCCAGCAGUGGAAGGAGGACUACCACAGCUGCAGAGAGUGGGAGAAACACAGAGCCCCGGAAUCCAAGAAAGCUUUGCAGACAAGUGAGCGGAACAGAGUGGCAGAGCAGAGUAACUUCACCCCUGUGUGGACACUGAGGAAAGAGCCACCCAGAGACUGGCACAUGCCACUAAACCAGGACAAGCCCCAGGACUCAUAAACCGUCAA